AUGAUUUUUAUAACAAAAUCUCUUGCAAUUUUUAAGACAUUGAAUUCUCAAAUAGAAGAUUUAAUUCUAAAAAUCAAUUUUAAUAUAAAAUUAACUCUUUUAACGAGCAAUAAAGAAGGUUUGCUCCCUUGCACAGGAGAAUUAAAGUUUUUGAGUUAUUACUGCUUAAUUUGAACUUUAGCUUAUCAGAUUCAAAUUGUUGAGAGCUUUUGUGAUAUCAAUUUUGAUCAAUUUGAAGAAUGCUAG